GUGGGACCACAGUGUAAAUCGCCUGGCGGCGGAGGGCGGCCCCACUGGGGGCGUCGCCGGACGUGUAAAUUUCUCGGCUGGGGGCGGGGCCAGGUUCUCUAAGGCGUCUGAGCGGCGCGGCCGCACCGGUAAAGCACUUGGACUGGGGGCCGGGGUGCUGGCAGGGUCAGAUUCCCAGAGGACUCCGCGGAGGGCGGUCCCGGGAUCAGGCCGGAGUCCUCGCGAGCGCGGGCGUGGUUCCCGGGUCGGGGCGUGGCCGGGGCGCCGGCCGGUGAAGCCACAGCAGGUCCCGGCAGACCUGUCCCGGCAGGCGGACCUGUCGCCGGCGCUAGACGGCCUAGGCCGGGGGCGCGCCAGCCACACCCCGGCUCUCAUGGCGGCGGCCGGAGCGCCGGAGUCGCCCCUGGAGGUCCCUGCUGCGGAGCCCCCGCCGCCGCCGGCCUGCCGCUUCUUCCUGGAGGGCCGUUGCCGCUUCGGUGCCCGCUGCCACCAGCCCCACCCUGGGGCGCCGGCGCGGCCUAGCGAUGAGCCCGAGCCCGAGCCCGGGGCCAAGAAGCCGCCGCUGCGCACGGCCGCGGCCGUCAUCCAGCGCAUCCGCUGGGACCCGCGCCUCGACCCGGCUGACUUCUCGGUGGGCUACGUCGACCGCUUUCUGGGCGUGCGCGAGGAGCCCUUCAGCGCCUUCUGCUGGGACGAGCCGCUGGCGGCGCUCGGGCCGGGCGUGCUGGCAGUGCCGCAGCACCGCGUGCGCUACUUCCGCUUCCGCGGCCGCGUCGUGUGGGACCGCGCCUCGCGCACCGACCACGUCUUUGGCUCGGGCUCGGCGGCGGGUCGUGGGCCCACCAUCCUGGAUGUGCUUGACAGCGGGGACGCGCCGGACGGCGGGGACGCGCGCGGGACUGGAGAUGUGCACGCCGGGGAAGCUAGGGCCGAGGAUGCACAUCGGACCGCAGAGGCGCAGGACCGCCUAGCUGCGGGCCCGGCUGGCGCUCCGGCAGGAGAGCAAGGAGAGCGGGACACGACGGAACUCGAGGAUACUUUUGCCCGCGAGAGGGGAGGCUCGGAGGCCCGGCACCUGGAGGUGGUAGGGACAUCUGCGAAGGCCCAGAAGCAAGAGCUGGGAGGGGCUGGAGGCCAGGCUUCCCCGUGGACGGAGCCAGAAAAACGUCUAAAACCAGCCACUGCCGUCGGCAGGACUGCAGAGCCACAGGCCACGGCAGCCCCAGAGCGGACCCUAGAAGGUUUUCCUGAUAAGGCAGCAGAGUGGGGUCUCGGGGCCUGGCCCCUAGACAGGAGAGAGAACACUGUGGCCAGGGCUGAGACCCCUCGCCAGCCCCGGCCAACGCAUUUUGUGGCCCUCAUGGUGACGGAGCCCGGGCUGCAGGCAGGAGUAGCCAAGGCCCAGGAAGAGAUGGUCCGAAGUGCGCCAUCAUGUGCUGCGUUCACGGUGCCUGCACAGGCCCUGCACCUGACACUGGCCCUGCUGCGGCUGGUGGGCCCCGGGGAGGUGGAGGCUGCGGUCAGCGCCCUAAGACGCGUGCUCUCGGCCCCGGGGCUUCAGGCACCCCCUUGGCUAAGCUUUACACGCCUGGUGCUCCUGGGCCACCAUGUGCUCUGUGCCCCCCCUUCCCCCUCCCUGGCAAGCAUGGCCCAAGUGCUGGGACAGAGGCUGGAGGCCGAGGGGCUCAGAGUGCUAAAGCCCCCGGGAGGGCUGGACCCCCACCUCACCCUGGCCAAGGUACCCCAGGGUUCCGAAGUGUGCCUUCCUGUGCCUGGGUUCAGCCCUGGGCAGGAGCUGGGGAGCCAGCCCCUGGGGAAACUCUGGCUGUGCAGCAUGGGGAGGACAGGCGGCACCUACCAGCCCCUAGCUGAGAUCCCCUUGGGGUGACACUCCCAGACCUCUAGGGAAGAUAAAUUGGAUCUCAGCCCCAAAAGAAAUCACGGCCAGGACCCAAACAACCUGACAGAGGAGAUCCAGUCCAAGCAGGAGGGACAAACGGUGUUCUCUCUCUCUCUCUCUCUUUAAUUUUGGUUUCUCUCAAGCUUCCAAAUGGUGCUCAGUGCUCCAAGGAAAGAACGAAGGAAGGAAAGGGGAGGGGAAAGGAAGGGGAGGGGAGGCAGAGGAGGAACAUCUGGAAAAAAAGCAGCCUGACAGUCCAGCUGUUUGCAAACUCAUUGCACAUCCUCCAGUUACAUGGCAGAAGAGGGAGGGAGGACGGAAAAGAAAAGGGGAGGAAGAAGAAAAAGUAACUUAAAUAAACACACACAAAAAGAAAAGAGAAGGAAACAUGACGUGAGCUGGUGAUCCAUGAAGGCAGGGAGGGGUAACUGGUUUACCUGUGCUGAACCAAGGAAGGGGUGGGAGCAGGAGGAGGAGGGAGGGGGGGAAAAAAAAACC